AAGCAACGGCAGGCUAAGGAAGAUAAGCCAGGGUUCCAGUUUCCAGACACUUCCAACUCUCACAGCCCAGCAAAAUGGAGCGAUCAACACAGGAGCUCUUCCUCAACUUCAUGAUUGUCUUAAUCACCGUUCUGCUUAUGUGGGUCCUAGUGAAAUCCUAUCAAAGCUAAUGGACAAACGCUACCAUGGAUGAAAUCUGGUGUAAUUGUCUCAGCAGAAAUCCGGGACAAAUCCCUGUCUGUGUGUAGUAACAACAAAGCGCUAUGUUCUAUGGCUAAGAGCAUUGCGUUGCCAGCAUCACUUUACAAUGAUAUCAGUGCUCUGUGGAUUUACUGCACUGUGCAUGCGAAAGAAUGAGUGUCCCUGCCAUUUAAACAGAGAAGAAUUGUUUAGUCUGCUAGUGAAACUGAGCAAAUAAAAACAGAUUACUUUUA